AUGGCAUCUCUUUACACAAUCGUUAUCAAACUGGGAACCUCGUCCCUCGUCGAUGAGGUCACACGAGAACCCCGAAUCGCCAACAUGUCUCUGUUGGUCGAGACCAUCGUCAAGCUUAAGCGAGACGGCCACAGAGUCAUCAUUGUCUCGUCCGGAGGUAUUGCUGUGGGUCUCAAGCGUCUCGGUAUCACCGAUCGACCCAAGGGUAUCGCCGAGGUCCAGGCUGUUGCAGCCGUCGGACAGGCCCGUCUUAUUGGUCUAUGGGACGAUCUCUUCAGACAGAUGGGUCAGCCCAUUGCACAGAUUCUGCUGACCCGAAACGAUCUGGCCGACCGAACCCAGUACCUCAACGCCACAGCCACUCUCAAUGAGCUGCUGAAUAUGGGUGUUAUCCCCAUUGUCAACGAGAACGACACUUUGUCCGCCUACGAAAUCCGAUUCGGAGAUAAUGACACUCUGUCUGCCAUCACUGCCGGAAUGGCCAACGCCGACUACUUGUUCCUCAUGACUGACGUCGACUGUCUCUACACUGCCAACCCCAGAUCCGACCCCACCGCAAAGCCCAUUCUCAUUGUCGAUGAUAUCUCCUCCCUGAAGGUUGAUGUCAGCUCUACCGGCUCCAACGUCGGAACCGGAGGUAUGACCACCAAGCUGAUUGCAGCUGAGCUGGCCACUUCUGUCGGAACCACCACCGUCAUCUGCAAGUCUUCCGUCCCCGGAAACAUCCGAGCUAUCGUCAAAUACAAUCAGAAGUACGACGUCGAGGCCGACGCCAAGGAGAUUGUCACUCCCGCUUACCAGGCCCAGGAACUGGAGCGACUGGUGGUCGAGGACGUGCCUCUGCACACCAAGUUCAUCGCCGACAAGGAGCCCAUCAAGGAUCGACAGUUCUGGCUGCUGCAUGGUCUCAGUGCCGCUGGAAAGAUUUACAUCGAUGCUGGCUGCUACAAGGCUCUUACACGGAAGAAUCGAGCUGGUAUGCUCCCCGCCGGUCUCCUCGGAACCGUCGGCACCUUCCACACAUCCGAGACCGUGUCUAUCCACGUUGGUCGAAAGCUGGAGGAUGGUGGGUGGAUCCCCCAUCCCGACUUUGCCGAUAUGGAGGUUGGACGAGCUCUUGUCAACUACGGCUCCACUGAAAUGGAGCUCAUCAAGGGCCUGCAGAGUAAUCAGAUCGAGAGUGUUCUUGGAUUCAUGGAUUCCGAAUAUCUUGCAUUCCGAGACAACAUUGCCUUCCUGCCCCAUACUAAUGCCCCCUCCAGUCCUGCUUAG